UUUUUCUGGCAACGCAGCAUGGCUGUGCACUUUUGUAGCGCAAUAAUAUAAUGAAUAUUUUGUGCUUCUGCAUCCCAACAGCAAGGCUCUACUGUUUUGACAAAAGUUAAAAGUGUUUCAUGUGUGUUGAAAAAUGGGUUUCUAUUAUUAACUAAAAUGAGAAGUUGUCAUGUUGCUAAGUGUGGACGUAAGAUCAGUGAUGGUGUCCAAUUGUUUCCUUUGCCCCAAAACAGUUUUCGUCGUCAGCUUUCGCUUGACAAAAUUAAACGUAGGGAAGCUAAUCGUCAUACCAAAAUCAAAAAUAUCAGGAUAUGCUCAAAGCAUUUCUAUGGAGGGAAACCUGCAAAAGAAAUGUACCCGAGGCAUCCAGAUUUUGUGCCAUCAUUGUUGUUAGGGAAUGAGCCACUAAAAUUAAUACAGUCAACUCACCUUUCUGUAAUUCAGGAUCAUUCUUUGCCGAUUGAUGAGCUUGAUCAACACAACAUUCCAAGUAAUUGCGAAGAGAGUUUACACACAACCAUGGAAUAUGAAGUUCCCAGCGAUGAGAACCCAUCUGAGACUACAUUACAUCAAGAUUCAUUAUGCCAUGAAAGUCCUUCACAGAGUGCAUUAUUACAAGGUAACGAGAUUGACUGUAUACCAAUUCCUGCUGUUGAGUGCUUCACAACAUCACAAGUUAGCAAUUCAACAACUAACCUGGACGAUAAUCUCGAAGGAGAAUUACAGCGUCUACGAUUGAUCGUCUUUUUUGUUAUUGAUAUUACUGGCUGCGAAGAAAGAUCUGCCCAAGUACACUUAUCCUCGGUACGUCCUUUUCUUUCAUGAAUUUCGACUGAAUAUACACUGACUAGUAAAAGACAUCCAAUAUGAUUACAGACUUCUCCUAAUCUGUAACAUUUUACCAUAUUUCAUGAAGUAUUAAGUAUUUUCUUGUUAAUACUUGAGCGUAUAUUACACAACCAUCAACACCAA